AUGUCUUCUAAACGAGACAACCUUCACGGGAGCAACGGGCCCUCAUCCGGACACCCCUCCUCUCUCAUCCUUAGGAAGAACUGCGACCGUUGCACUGUGAAAAAGGUCACUUCGUCACGGAGGGGCUUUUACGCCUUCAUUGUUACACUGGAGCGGUGUAAAGUUCUUGUACGGCGCGAAGUAUGGCGCAUCACUCAGUCAGACGUCGGGGCCAAGAUCGACCACGCAGGGCGGAUGAGCAACACGCACCCUCGGCCAACGUGGGAGGGCCGCAACGGGGGGCGCAUCCUCGUCUACUCCUCGAACGACGUCGGGGCCGAGAUCGGCCACGCAGAGCGGAGGUGCAAGACGCACCCUCGAACAACGUGCGAGGGCGGCCACGGUGGGCACAUCAUCGUCCUCCUCUCGAACGACGUCGGGGCCGAGAUCGACCACGCAGGGCGGGGGAGCAACCAGUACCCCCAGCCAGCGUGCGAGGGCGGCAACGGGGUGCGCAUCAUCGUCCUCCUCUCGAAUGGCUCGUCAUGA